CCCGUGGUGUGUCUCCCGCAGUCCCUAGAAAAACCCCUGUACUAUGUCCGCAGUCUCUUGUCAACCAACCCCUGUACUAUGUCCGCAGUCUCUGGUCAUCUCCUGUACUAUAUGUCCGCAGUCUCUGGUCAUCUCCUGUACUAUAUGUCCGCAGUCUCUGGUCAUCUCCUGUACUAUAUGUCCGCAGUCUCUGGUCAUCUCCUGUACUAUAUGUCCGCAGUCUCUGGUCAUCUCCUGUACUAUAUGUCCGCAGUCUCUGGUCAUCUCCUGUACUAUAUGUCCGCAGUCUCUGGUCAUCUCCUGUACUAUAUGUCCGCAGUCUCUGGUCAUCUCCUGUACUAUAUGUCCGCAGUCUCUGGUCAUCUCCUGUACUAUAUGUCCGCCGUCUCUGGUCAUCUCCUGUACUAUAUGUCCGCAGUCUCUGGUCAUCUCCUGUACUAUAUGUCCGCAGUCUCUGGUCAUCUCCUGUACUAUAUGUCCGCCGUCUCUGGUCAUCUCC